AUGUCGGCCUAUCCGCAGGGUGGCGGAGGUCCUCCUCCCGCUCAGGAUCGCUACAACGAUGACUAUGCUCAAGCCCACGGCCAACCACAUGGCGACGCCUACUAUCAAGGCCAGGGAUAUUAUGACGAGCAUGAUUACCACCAUCAAGGUGAUGGCUAUUAUGACAGAAAUGGCCCCCCGGACCCCAAUAAUCCAUAUCACCAGGAAGGCUAUUAUGAUGGUCAGUAUGGAUAUCAAGACGAGUACUACAAUGAUCAGUACUAUGAUCAAGGGAAUGGAUCUUCCAACUGGCAGGGCGGUUACGCACCUGGUGCACGUCGCGGCGACUCUGAGGAGGACUCGGAAACCUUCAGUGAUUUCACAAUGAGGUCGGAGACUGCUCGAGCAGCUGAUAUGGACUAUUAUGGCCGUGGAGAUGAUCGAUAUAAUAGCUAUAGCGAUAGCCAAGCAGGCCGAGGUUACAGGCCUCCCUCUUCCCAGAUUUCGUAUGGCGGCAACCGAUCGUCAGGUGCAUCAACCCCAGUGUAUGGCGAUUACAACAACGUUCUUCCGCCAGGGCAAAGAUCUCGCGAACCAUACCCCGCAUGGGCGUCAGACGCUCAAAUUCCCGUGUCGAAAGAAGAAAUUGAGGAUAUCUUCUUGGAUUUGGUCAACAAGUUCGGUUUCCAGCGUGAUAGUAUGAGAAACAUGUACGAUCAUUUGAUGACUCUACUUGAUUCUCGAGCAUCGCGCAUGACACCAAACCAAGCUCUCCUCUCUCUUCAUGCGGAUUAUAUUGGUGGUGAAAACGCCAACUAUCGACGAUGGUAUUUUGCGGCUCACUUGGAUCUCGAUGAUGCCGUUGGAUUUGCAAAUAUGAAGCUCGGAAAAGCCAACCGUAGGACUCGCAAAGCUCGGAAAGCCGCAAAGAAGGCAGCCGCUGAAGCCAACAACGAAGAACAGGCCCUAGAGUCUUUGGAAGGCGACAAUAGCUUGGAAGCCGCGGAAUACAGAUGGAAAACUCGCAUGAAUCGGAUGUCCCAGCAUGAGCGAGCUCGUCAGAUCGCUCUUUACUUGCUUUGCUGGGGUGAAGCAAAUCAGGUUCGAUUUGUGCCUGAAUGCCUGUGUUUCAUUUUCAAAUGCGCGGAUGACUAUCUUCGCUCUCCGGAAUGCCAGAACCGUGUCGAACCUGUUCCAGAAUUUACCUAUCUUAACGAAAUAAUUACUCCUCUCUACCAAUAUUGUCGUGACCAGGGAUAUGAGAUCUUAGAUGGAAAAUAUGUUCGUCGUGAACGUGACCACAAUAAUAUUAUUGGGUACGACGACAUCAAUCAACUCUUUUGGUAUCCCGAAGGAAUCGAACGUAUCGUCCUCGAGGACAAAACCAGACUGGUUGAUGUUCAACCUGCCGAACGGUACAUGAAACUCAAGGACGUCAACUGGAAGAAGGCCUUUUUCAAGACUUACAAAGAGACUCGCUCAUGGUUCCACAUGCUUGUCAAUUUCAACCGUAUUUGGGUUAUGCACGUAACUCCUUUCUGGUUCUACACCGCUGCCAAUUCAAAGACACUGUACACCCGAAAUUAUGAACAAGAGAGGGAUAACCAGCCCACUAACGCUGCCAUUUUCUCAGCUGUCGGCCUCGGCGGCGCCAUUGCCUCGUUGAUCAUGAUUGGAGCCACACUUGCUGAAUGGGCGUAUGUACCGAGACGGUGGGCAGGCGCUCAACAUUUGACAAAACGACUACUCUUUUUACUCGUUGUCUUUGCACUAAACUUGGGCCCCAGCGUCUAUGUUUUCUUUAUUAACCAGGACAACAAGAUUGCUCUUAUCUUGGGUAUCGUGCAAUUCGUCAUCGCGCUGUUCACGUUUAUUUACUUUUCCGUCGUUCCGAUUGGGGGCCUUUUCGGUAGUUAUCUGAUAAAUAAUUCUCGACGAUACGUUGCGAGUCAGACUUUCACGGCCAGUUACCCCCGACUUCGUGGAAACGAUAUGUGGACAUCAUACGGUCUUUGGCUCUGCGUAUUUGCUGCAAAGUUUGCCGAAUCCUACUUCUUCCUUACCCUUUCAGUUAAGGACCCUAUCAGAAUUCUGUCUACCAUGAGGAUACGCCGAUGUGCUGGAGAUAUGUAUCUGGGGAACGUCCUUUGCAAGUACCAGCCGCAGAUCUUGCUAGGUUUGAUCCUGUUCACAGAUUUGGUUCUCUUUUUCCUGGACACUUACCUGUGGUACAUCAUCCUCAACACGCUGUUUUCCGUGGCCCGUUCAUUCUAUUUGGGCAUAUCCAUUUGGACCCCCUGGAGAAAUAUUUUCUCGCGACUUCCCAAACGUAUCUACUCCAAGGUUCUUGCCACCAGCGACAUGGAAAUCAAAUAUAAGCCUAAGGUGCUUAUUUCUCAAGUCUGGAACGCUGUGGUUAUCUCAAUGUAUCGCGAACACCUGUUAGCCAUUGACCAUGUACAGAAGUUGCUCUAUCACCAGGUUCCGUCUGAACAGGAAGGCAAGCGCACUCUUCGUGCUCCAACGUUCUUUGUUUCUCAGGAAGAUCAUUCUUUCAAAACGGAGUUUUUCCCUUCUCAAAGUGAAGCAGAGCGUCGUAUCUCGUUCUUUGCCCAGUCUCUUUCGACUCCGAUCCCAGAACCUGUUCCAGUUGACAACAUGCCGACCUUUACUGUCUUGAUUCCUCAUUACAGCGAGAAGAUUCUCCUUUCUUUACGUGAAAUUAUCCGAGAAGAUGAACCAUACUCUCGCGUGACAUUAUUGGAGUAUCUGAAACAACUUCAUCCUCAUGAAUGGGAUUGCUUCGUAAAGGAUACCAAAAUUCUUGCUGACGAGACCUCUCAAUUCAAUGGUGAACUUGAAAAGAGCGAAAAAGACGCCGCCAAGAGCAAGAUCGACGACCUUCCAUUCUACUGUAUUGGUUUCAAAUCUGCUGCCCCUGAGUACACCCUGAGAACUCGUAUCUGGGCAUCUCUCCGCUCUCAGACUCUGUACCGCACUAUCUCUGGCUUUAUGAAUUACAGUCGUGCCAUCAAAUUGCUCUACCGCGUUGAGAACCCUGAGGUCGUCCAGAUGUUCGGUGGAAAUUCUGAGAAGCUAGAGCGUGAACUGGAACGAAUGGCUCGUCGAAAAUUCAAAAUUUGUGUUUCCAUGCAGCGAUAUGCCAAGUUUAGCAAAGAAGAGCGCGAAAACACGGAGUUUUUGCUUCGUGCUUAUCCCGACCUUCAGGUGGCAUACUUGGACGAGGAGCCUCCUGUUAACGAAGGCGAAGAGCCACGCUUGUAUUCGGCAUUGAUUGAUGGGCAUUCUGAAAUUAUGGAGAACGGUUUACGACGACCAAAAUUCCGGGUUCAACUUUCCGGCAAUCCUAUUCUUGGAGACGGAAAAUCCGAUAACCAGAAUCAUGCCAUUAUCUUCUAUCGCGGUGAAUAUAUUCAACUGAUCGACGCCAACCAGGACAAUUAUCUCGAAGAGUGCCUUAAGAUUCGAAGUGUUUUGGCUGAAUUCGAAGAGAUGGUCACCGACAACGUUUCGCCUUAUACCCCCGGCCUGCCUCCAACUAAGACCAACCCUGUUGCCAUUCUUGGAGCUCGUGAAUAUAUCUUCUCGGAGAACAUUGGUAUCCUUGGUGACGUGGCUGCUGGAAAAGAACAGACAUUCGGUACUCUAUUCGCACGUACAAUGGCCCAAAUUGGCGGUAAAUUGCAUUAUGGACAUCCUGAUUUCUUGAACGGUAUCUUCAUGACAACUCGUGGCGGUGUCUCCAAGGCUCAGAAAGGUUUACAUCUCAACGAAGAUAUCUACGCCGGUAUGAAUGCGCUACUUCGAGGUGGUCGGAUUAAGCACUGCGAAUAUUAUCAAUGCGGUAAAGGACGUGAUCUUGGUUUCGGAUCCAUUCUCAACUUCACCACGAAGAUCGGCACUGGUAUGGGAGAGCAGAUGUUGUCCAGGGAAUAUUAUUAUCUCGGUACUCAGCUGCCUCUUGACCGGUUCUUGUCCUUCUUCUACGCGCAUCCAGGCUUCCAUAUCAACAAUCUGUUCAUCAUGCUUUCGGUUCAAAUGUUCAUGAUUUGUCUCAUCAAUUUGGGAGCCCUGCGACAUGAAACGAUUACCUGUAUUGUGAAGAAGGGUGUUCCUAUUACUGAUCCCUUGAAGCCUACUGGAUGUGCCGAUAUUAACCCGAUCCGUGACUGGGUCCAGCGUUGUAUCAUCUCCAUCUGUAUCGUUUUCUUAAUCUCGUUCGUUCCGCUGGUUGUCCAAGAGUUGACUGAAAGAGGAAUGUGGCGUGCUGUCACCCGUUUGGCAAAACACUUCGGCUCCUUUUCUCCAUUGUUCGAAGUUUUCGUCUGCCAGAUCUAUGCUAACUCGCUCCAUAACAACUUGUCGUUUGGCGGCGCUAGAUAUAUUGGUACUGGUCGAGGCUUCGCAACGGCCCGUAUUCCGUUCGGAGUUUUGUAUUCGAGAUUUGCUGGCCCAUCGAUUUAUCUCGGCGCUAGGUCUUUGAUGAUGUUGCUCUUUGCAACUGCAACUGUAUGGGCUGCAUGGCUUCUAUACUUUUGGGCAUCACUUCUGGCCCUCUGUAUUUCGCCCUUCCUCUUCAACCCACACCAGUUCGCUUGGAACGAUUUCUUCAUUGACUACCGUGAUUAUCUUCGAUGGCUAUCCAGAGGAAACUCCCGCUCGCACGCCUCCUCCUGGAUUGCUUUUUGCAGGCUCUCCCGUACUCGAAUUACAGGUUACAAACGAAAAGUGCUUGGAGCUCCUUCUGAGAAACUUUCUGGUGAUGCACCCAGAGCGCAUAUCACGAACAUCUUUUUCAGCGAAAUUGUUGGCCCGCUUGUUCUCGUUGCCGUUACUCUGAUUCCGUACCUAUUUAUUAACGCCCAGACUGGAGUAUCGGACAAUCCAAGACCUACGGGAGCUCUUAUCCGCGUCGGUAUUGUUGCCUUGGCUCCACUUGCCGUGAACGCGGGUGUGUUGCUCGCUUUGUUCGCUAUGGCAUGUUGCAUGGGUCCGGUGCUAAGCAUGUGCUGCAAGAAAUUCGGCGCUGUCCUUGCUGCAGUUGCUCAUGGUAUUGCUGUAUUUAUGCUUCUGGCAUUUUUCGAGGUUAUGUUCUUCCUUGAAGGAUGGUCAUUCCCCAGAACUCUUAUCGGCAUGAUUGCUGUCAUCGCGAUACAACGGUUUGUGUUCAAGCUUAUCAUUUCACUUGCCUUGACAAGAGAAUUCCGCCAGGACAACUCUAAUAUCGCGUGGUGGACCGGAAAAUGGUACAAUAUGGGUUGGCACUCGAUCUCUCAGCCAGGCCGUGAAUUCCUCUGCAAAAUUACAGAGCUUGGACUUUUUGCUGCCGACUUUGUGCUUGGCCACGCUCUUCUUUUCUUGAUGCUUCCUGCGCUUUGCAUUCCAUUUGUCGACAAAGGCCAUUCCGUCAUCUUGUUUUGGUUGCGUCCAAGUCGCCAAAUUCGCCCGCCCAUCUACUCGUUGAAACAAUCGAAGCUCCGGAAACGAAGAGUCAUCCGUUUCGCCAUCCUCUACUUCCUCAUGUUGAUUGUUUUUGUUUGCCUCAUUGCCGGCCCGUUAGUCGCCCGACGAUUUGUUACAAAACUCCCAUCUAUCCCUCUCGGCUUGUUGCAGCCAGUUAACCAAAACAACAACGAUACGACAAGUGAGGAGACGGGCACCGCGAUCCAAAAUGGUGCGGCUUCCACUGGCCGCUUACUCUUCUAA